CCCCAUUGUCCCAUCCUGUGAAGCCUGGGGACUCCUGAUCUAUCCAAGAGGGAAGAAGGAGUCCAGAAGCCAACCGGUCAGACCACCGCUGUAGGCAUUCUGGCAUCCCCGCUGUGCAGGUGAGAGUGAACACUGGAACCAUGCAGGGGAUCUGGAUGGUGCUGUUGGCACUGGCAUUGGGCACCUAUGGGAAGCUUGCUAUGGCCUUACAGUGCUAUACCUGUCCGGAUCCGGUGAGCGCGUCCAACUGUGUCACCAUCACCACCUGCCACAGCGAUGAAAUCAUGUGCAAGACCACACUCUACUCCCGGGAUAGUGUGUUCCCUUUCCUGGGAGACUCCACGGUGACCAAGUCCUGUGCCAGCAGGUGUGAGCCUUCAGACGUGGAUGGCAUUGGGCUAACCCGGCCAGUGUCCUGCUGCAAUUCUGAUCUAUGCAACGUGGAUGGGGCACCGAGCCUGGGCAGCCCUGGUGGCCUGGUCCUUGCCCUGACACUUCUCUUUCUCUUGGAUCUCCUGCUGUAAAGCCAAGGCCACCUGGUUCCACCUUGUCCUGGACAGCCCAGUUCCCUGAUGCCUUAAAGAAGUACAACAGCCA